CCAGCCCCGCCUGUCCUCCCGCCGGAGAAGGACGAUAGGGAGGCCCGCAGCCAGCCAGUUUCCCGCGCGUCGUGCAACUCCGUGGCCUCACACCCCUACGAGUCCGCAGAAUGGAGGUCAAGAAGAUUGCCAUCUUCGGUGCCACGGGCAGGACCGGGCUCACCACCCUGGCGCAGGCGGUGGAAGCAGGUUAUGAGGUGACAGUGCUGGUGCGGGAUGCCUCCAGGCUGCCCCCAGAGGGGCCCCAGCCAGCCCACGUGGUAGUGGGUGACGUUCUGCAUGCGGCCGAUGUAGACAAGACCGUGGCUGGGCAGGAUGCCAUCAUCGUGCUGCUGGGCACCCGCAAUGAUCUCAGUCCUACUACAGUUAUGUCCGAGGGCGCCCGGAACAUUGUGGCGGCCAUGAAGGCCCAUGGUGUGAACAAGGUCGUGGCCUGCACCUCGGCCUUCCUGCUAUGACCGACCAAGGUGCCCCCGAGACUGCAGGAUGUGACCGAUGACCACAUCCGGAUGCACAAGGUGCUGCAGGAGUCAGGCCUGAAGUACGUGGCCGUGAUGCCGCCACACAUAGGAGACCAGCCACUGACUGGGGCCUACUCAGUGACCCUGGAUGGACGAGGCCCCUCAAGGGUCAUCUCCAAACACGACCUGGGCCACUUCAUGCUGAGCUGUCUCACUACUGAUAAAUACGACGGGCACAGUACCUACCCCUCCCACCAGUACGACUAGGGAUCUGACCGCAUCCAGGAGGAUGGCGUUCUGAGAAAUGGAGAACAGAGGAAAGGAGCAAUAAAUCUUGAGCCCAGAGCUUCACGUUAUUCUAGAA